CUGUCGAGUCGUUGAGUGUCGAUCUGCCUCUAUCGCGACGAGGAUCUCAGGUGCGUUGCAGCGCUUUAUUAUCACAUCUCGUCGUGUUAUUUGUAUUUUCGUUGAUCGGGAACGCCGUGCUAGAGCAUCAUGCCAAAGAAUAAGGGAAAGGGAGGUAAAAAUAGGAGAAGAGGGAAGAAUGAGAACGAGACCGAGAAGAGAGAGCUGGUGUUCAAGGAGGAUGGACAAGAGUAUGCUCAAGUGACAAAGAUGCUGGGCAACGGUAGGCUAGAAGCCAUGUGCUUCGACGGGGUCAAACGGUUGUGCCACAUUCGAGGUAAGCUGCGGAAGAAGGUGUGGAUUAAUCAGGGUGACAUCAUACUGAUUGGGUUGCGAGACUAUCAGGAUGCCAAGGCAGACGUUAUAUUGAAGUACACGGCUGACGAAGCGCGGAACUUGAAGACUUACGGCGAGUUCCCAGAAACUGUGCGUAUCAAUGACACAGUAACCUUCGUGGAAGAUGGAUUCGAUGAAGAUAUCGAAUUUGGUGAUGAAAUUAGCGAUGACGAUGAAGAUGAUGUUGACAAUAUCUGAUGACCCGCAGUGUAAUGAUAAAAAAAGGUACAUUACGAGAAAGUGUAUGGGGACAUCUAAUCAUUUCACAAAAUGCAAUUAUACAACGUCAAAGUUUCCCUUUGAGUCGAGUAGCUCAUCUCCCUGUAUGUAUCUAUAAAUAAAUCGUCAGUUUAUGGGUAACAUCGUGUUCCAGUUUGAGUGUAGUCGUUUUUGAUAUUUAUAAAUUUUUAUAGGAACAUGAAUUCUUUUCAAAUAGCGAAAUUACAGAUAUUUAGCAUAUUCAAUUAGAUUUCGCGUACACGUCAGAUUAAUUAGAUCUGUGUACGUAAACAAUACCAACUUUGUACGAUCGUUUUUCUUUGUAUAUUUCCUUUUUAUUUACAUGUAUUAUUAUCUGCCAGUUCGUGAAAUAUACAUAUUAUUUAAGCAGAAAAUGAAAUAUAACACUAUAUGUAUAACAUGCAGUAAGUACUCUUUUUAUAUGUUGGAAUGUCUCACUAAAAAUUAUCCAUCGAGAAGCGAGGUAACGUACAAUUAGACUUGUAAAAUUUUGAUGAAAUUUAGAACUACUACAACUAGUGUAAAUUGCUAAUUUAAUAAAUUAAAAAACGCGUGAAGGGGGACAAGCUUUCAGUAACUUCUCUGUCUUAGCGCUGUUUUAUUAUAGCUUUGAUCGGUUAAUUAACACACGUUGUUAGUAAUCAUAUAGCUACUCAGUACAAGUAACGCGUGCCAGAUAUAAUUCUCAGGACACGCGUUUUGUUAUGUACGUAUCCGUGCAAUCGUUCAGUGCAUGUUACUCUUCGUUGUAUCAAAAGGGGACUACAAUGUGUACGCUGCAUUUCGACAAUAUCAUUAGCAACGACGAAAGUGUGCAAGUUAUUUGCAUCGUUUUUGUCUCAGAAUCCAGGAAAUAAUAUGUUAUUGUUUAGUUGAUUAUAAUAUUGAGCGGAACAAUAAUUUGUGAAUUUGGACUUUUUUCGUCGUUUAAAUAAAAUUGCGUAUGUAUAAA